CCGUGUGGAUUAUAUGAAAUAUUGAAAUAGAAUGGCUUCAAAACACAUGAAAUCAUUAACAUACUCAGUGUUAAAUGCCUCUGAUGAAAUACAUGAUUUUUCCUGCUCUGUGUGUAAGGAUGACAAUCUCAACACCGAGGCCAAGUAUUUCUGUGGGAACUGCUCCAAAUAUUACUGCAACAAGUGUUUGAUAUUCCAUGCAAAAGUUCUCAAAGAACACAUUGUGUUGGGCCGUACGGAUGUGGACAAGUGGGUGGGGCAGGGAGACGCCCUGUUAACCUGUGACCUUCACCCUCGAAAGGUAUUGGAGCUGCUUUGUGAAGACCACGCUGAGCUAUGUUGUAAUCUCUGCGUAUCACUAAACCACAGGAUGUGCCAAAGCAUCAGCUUGAUAUCAGACGUAGCCAGGGGCAUACAUAAGAUGGACGAUUUUAAGCAGCUUCCUGCCAAAGUAACCAAGGUAUUGUCAAGCCUUAACAAAGCUGGUAAGGCCAGAAAGAGGAACCAGAAUUCGCUGAAGGCUUCAGGGAAGUCCAUCCUAACAAAGAUCAAAAACCUGAGAAAGAUGCUAAACGAGCUGCUAGAUGAGAUAGAGAAGAAGACAGUGGAAGAGAUGGACAGUGUCCUGGCUUACCUGGAUGGGUUAAUACAACAGGAUAUUGACCAGUGUGACCACCUACAUGAUCAGUUAAAGGCCUUACUUGACACAAUCCAAGCCCGGUGUGAAGACAGCGAGUCCAGCUCCUACAUUGGCUACACAAAAGGCCAGGAUAAGAUUGCAGAGGUCAACAGCCUGCUUAAGCAGAUGUCGACCAGACCAGAGGCGACUAUCACAUUCCAGCCUGACACACAAUCUGAACAACUACUGUCUGAACUGAAGACACUGGGAUACAUCCAUGGGUAUCCUGACACAAAGUUUCAAAAUAAUCCGGCUAUCAUGCCAUCACCUAGAGAGAUAAAAAAGUUAUCUGAUAUAUCUAAAGUUUUCGAGGUACAAGGAAAAAAAGCAUUCAUUACAAAAUUAAUUACAGAUGAGAAGCCAUGUAGAAUUACUGCUAUUACAGAACUUCCAGGAGGAGAGAUUGUUCUUGUAGACAAUAGAAAUUGUAAAGCAAAGGUGCUAAACAGCAUGUUCAAGGUCACAACCCACUGUAAUCUCCCAGAGUUUCCAUGGGACAUCUGCCACAUCUCAAAUACUACAGUUGCUGUAUCUGUUACCUGUGCAACUCAUGUCAGAUAUGAAAUCCACUUUCUCACGGUGUCCACUGACACAAUCAAGAUGACCAGUAAGUUCUCAGUUGACCAUCCCUGUGUCUCCAUCAGGCACCACCAGGGUCAGCUGUAUGUAAGCUCCGGCAAUGUCCUGUACCUCUACACCACAGCUGGCAGGCUGGUUAACAAGAUACAUGAAGAUAUGUCUGAGCCAAAUACAGUGAGUAGCUUUGCAUUGAGCACAGAUGGAAGUAAGAUCUACAUAGCUAAUAACAGCCGCGAUAAAAUUGUCACUAUUAACAACAAGGGCAAUAUUCUGGCCACAUUGCAAGACCCUGACAUUGAAUGGCCCUAUUGUGCACACGUGAGUGAGUGUGGACAUGUGUUUGUGUGCUCAAAGCGAUCAGGCACUGUGUUGCAGAUUGAUAAAAAAGGUAAAAAGAAGCUGUCCACACUGGUCAAGAAGAAAGAUGGCAUCCACGAGCCACAGGCAGUCUGGUACAGCAGCCGCACUGGCAGGCUUAUCAUCGGUGGACCCCAGGAGUUCAUUCUGGUGGCAGAACUCAAGUAG